CCGCCCUGCACUGUCAUGGUGCUUACUCUGGAUGCAGUUGUCAUGGAGAUGGAAAAGGGCUCCGCGUCCACUAGUGGCAGUGUUACCAUGGAAAUGCCCAUCGCCGCGGCAGCCGCCUCAGUGGAGCGAGCAGAGGAGUGUGUUCAGCACCAUGGACAGCACACCGGAGCCGCGUCCCAGCACAGACUGUAUCGCCUGCUGAUCGUGAUCGGAGAGAUUUCCACCAGUCAUCACCUCGACGUUGCCAGGAACCAGAUUGUACAGGGUUUGCGUUCCUGGAACUUGGAUCUUUCUGUCUGUGACCUGAACAAAGAGCUGCAGCUGUUUGAGACCAGACACACUGCACAGUUUUCAGCACAGGUCAAAGGCCAGCGGGUCCUCCAGUACCAGAGUGAAGUCCUACAGACGGUGGUGUUGGUGAAUCCUUCAGUGGAGGCGGCCGUGUCCGAGAUUCGUUCGUUGAUCACCGACUUUGCUGGGAAUAAGUUGCUGAUUCUGAGCGGCCAGAUCUCUGAGCAGGGGGACGACAUCCAACUGCAAGGUGGACCCUUAACCUGGCAACACUUCUCCGACAUCAUCUCCAACUCUGAAGUGUCUGAGGCCUUGUCCAAAGCAUUUUUGGGGCAACCAUCCAGACUUACCGUUUCGUGUCAGGGAGACGGGGGCUGGAGCUCCCUGGGCCAAAUCCAGGAGCAGCAGCCACUGCAAAAUCUUCUGGAAUACCGCUUGAACCCUGAACCCUUCCUCCCCGACAUGGACGGAGUCACAGAGUUCACCGAGUAUGUCUCAGAGACUGUGGAUGUGCCGUCGCCCUUUGACCUCCUGGAACCCCCGACCUCUGGAGGGUUUCUAAAGCUUUCCAAACCCUGCUGUUACAUCUUCCCUGGAGGCAGAGGAGAUUCUGCUCUGUUUGCUGUCAAUGGCUUCAACAUCCUGGUAGAUGGUGGCUCUGAACGCAAAUCCUGCUUCUGGAAGCUGGUUCGCCAUCUGGAUAGGAUCGACUCCGUCCUGCUCACUCACAUUGGAGCGGACAACCUUCCUGGCAUCAAUGGCUUGUUCCAAAGGAAGAUUUGUGAAAAGGAGGAGGGGCAGAACCAAGGGAAUGGCUCUAGUACCAACAGUGACUGGAUGAAGAACCUGAUCUCUCCUGAGCUUGGGAUUGUGUUUUUCAACGUUCCAGAGAAGCUUCGGAUGCCAGAGUCCACAAUGAAGGUGAAGCGAAGCAUCGAGGAGGCCUCCCUUACACUGCAGUACCUCAACAAGCUCGGCAUCACUCCAGAGCCCCUGCACAGGGUAGUCAGCAACACCAUCGAGCCCAUCACGCUGUUCCAUAAGCUUGGUGUUGGAAAGUUAGACAUGUACGUGUUAAAUCCUGUAAAAGAAAGCAAAGAGAUGCAGUUCCUAAUGCAGAAAUGGGCUGGAAACAGUAAAGCAAAGACAGGGAUUAUGAUGCCAAAUGGAAAGGAAGGAGAGAUAUCCGUCCCCUAUUUGACGUCAGUUACUGCUCUCAUAGUCUGGAUUCCUCAUCGCCCAACUGAGAAAAUAGUCCGGGUGCUGUUCCCAGGAAACGCACCACAGAAUAAAAUAUUUGAGGGGCUAGAGAAGCUGAAACACCUGGACUUCCUGCGAUACCCGGUGGCUACGCAGAAAGACAUCUCAUCUGGGGCCCCACCCCCCAUCAUCAAACAGACUAAGAUAAGAUCUAGAACUGACAGCAAAGAAAGUCUCAAGUCCUCACCUAAACCACACUCCAAAGCAGCCAAGAAAGACGUCAGUGGACACGAAGACGAGUCAAAGAGUGACACCACCAAAGAGAACAAAAUGGAAAAAAAGGAAGAGAAAAAAGUGAAAAGUGAAAGUCUGAAAGCCACCAAGCAGCAGAAAAACAGCGCAGUGGCGCCUGUGGCAGACAAGAAAAAGAAAGUCUCCAAGGAAAAGACUGCAAAAGAGAAGGUGUCCAAGAUGGAUGAGAAGAAAGACAAAGAGAAAAAGGAAAAUAAAAAGGACAAACGUGAAGCAAAGAAAGACGAGAAUAUAAGAAAGGAGGAGAAGAAAGACAGUAAAGCCAAGGAAGAUAAAAAGAAAGACUCCAGCAAACCAGAGCUGAGAAAAAUCACUAAACCGGACCUGAAGCCUCUCACUCCAGAAGUCAGGAAAACUCUGCACAAGGCCAAGUCUCAGGCGAAGCCCAAGAUGGACAAAAACAAGGCAGUGAAGGAGGAAGCCAACGAGAAAAAGCCCGCUCCCAAGAGCAUCCCUGAAGAGAUAGCAGCAGCGGCUCUGGCUGACCGGUCCAUCGUGUCCUCCCCCGAGGACCUCACCGAGGACUUUGUGGCCCUUAAACAGGAGGAGCUGUCGAAACAUACGAGUGAGCCAAUCCAGAAUGACGUGAUAUCUGGACGUUCAUUAGACACGGAUACUAAAGUUUCACUAUCGGUUUUCUCUGAUGAGAAAAUUACAUCUACAACCGCAGAUGUCAAAGCGGCUUCACCUCAAUCCCCUCAACUGGAAUAUGGCUACAAAGGCAAGGACACAGCAGAGCAGGUCACAACUCCUGAAAAGAACCAAAGCUUUGACAAGAAGUAUGAAGAGGAGAAAAUGGAAAAGUAUGACAUCAAAAACAGGUCGAAGAAGAGCGACAGCUCCGAGGAGGAAGGUGAUGUCAUCGAAAAGGCCGAACUCGAAGGAACAGAGGACGACGAAGUCCUGAAAUACAAAGCAGAUGAGGCAAAAAGAGAAAGAACGGGAAGAGAGUGGGACAUGAAGCAAAGCGAGCACAAACCUGUAGCCGCAGCCCUGUUGGAGCAGGCGGCAGCGCCGUCCGCCUCCGAGCAGUUCUCUUUCAUCCAAGACGAGACCAUUCCCGGCUACUCCGAGACUGAACAGACCAUCUCCGAUGAGGAGAUCCACGAGGAACCCGAGGACAGGAUCCCACAGCUGCGGUACGACGUGGGCUCCUGUGACGUCUCUGUCCCCGACGUUCCUGGCACCUUUGACUCCAUGCACGGUAUAAAGGAGUUGAAGAGUUCGGCCGCGUCUGGAGCCACAGACAUCAAAGCUACGACCUUCACGGCCGGCCCUGAGCCCGAGCUGGCGCCUUACCCUGCCAUCAUCGCUGCUCCUCUUGCAGAGGAAGAGCAUAUCUCCUCAGCCACGUCCAUAACAGAGUAUGACAAACUGUCCUCGUUCGCCACGUCUGUAGCCGAGGACCAGUCAGUGGCCUCGGUCACAGCCCCGCAGGCUGAGGAUGCUGGGAGGAGCUCUCUCAUGCUGGACACCAUCAACAGCAUUCCCUCCCGUGCCGAGGUGGCACACGGGAAGGACUACCUCCACUCAGCAGGAACCAUCUCGCCCACCUCUUCUCUGGAGGAUGACAAGUGUUUCAAGUCUCCUUCCUCCGACGAGUAUCAACCCAACAUUCCUGAAAUAGAGGGGGACGCAAAGGUCAAAUCUGUCCAUGACGAAGACGAAGAUGAAGAUGAUGAGGAUGAGGACCAGACGCCAAACGUCGACAUUCCGCUGGGUAAACUUCAAGAGGGCUACGAACACGCAGCUUCCAUGAUGCUCCACGAGAAAGAGAAAUCUCCUCCUGCCAUUUUCUCCCCUCCUCCCUUCUCUCCCACACAGGUCGUGAAAGCAGAGGAGCCUCCCUUUAGCACAGAGACAUUCAAGAGCAGUGCUGACAUGAAGCCGGUUUCACCCCCUCCAUCGUUCUCCCCUGGGUUGGAUUCCCACUCCAGGCAGGAAAGCGAGGAAAGAUGCUUAAGUCCAGAUGACAGCACCAUGAGACUAGCCUCACCCACACAGUCUGUGCCCACCAGCAGCGGCUACUCCCCGACAGAUGAGAAGCAAUUUAAGACAGAGGUCAGAGAUGAGGCUGUGACUGAUGUUAAAGCCGAUUCCCACAGAACAGAGAAAUCCGUCACCAUUUCAGACAAUACGUCCUUCAUCGCUCCGCCAGGUGACAAGACAACAUUCGAAGCCUCUGAGGAAUCUGAUGAUGAUGAGGCAGAUGACUAUUACACCAAGAAGAGUCUACAGCCUACAGUGAAGGCUAAACUCAUGGAGGCGAAGGAGGGCUGCUUUCUGGAUGAUGACUAUGCCUUUGAGGCCAAACCUGCAAAGACAGAGACAGAAGCUAAGAGCCCGAGCAAAGUGUCGUUCAGCACAGAAGAGAAACCACAACCUCAGGUGACAUACUCACAUGAAGAUGAUGAUGAAGAUGAAGAUGAGGAAGAUGAUUUCAUAACGUCUAAGCCUUUAUCAACGGACCAACAGAAAGUAGACUUUAAAAGCCCAGAUGAGACAGGCGUCGCUUUCAAAGAGCCUGAGAAGAGUGUUCACUUCAAUCUCUACGAUUUCCCACAGAAGGACGGCAAAGAAAAGGCCGUGUACAUCAGACAAGACACACCCUACGUGCACGGAAAGACUUUCUCAUACGGUGACGCUUACGACAGCAAAACGAGCUCUGUUGACUCCGAUUCGUAUCGUCAGGAGUCUUUAGAUACGACGGAGAAGGACCUACCAAAGGAGGAACACGAAGCGUAUUCCCCAGAAACAGCCAACAAAAAGAUGACAGAGAGUGUCUCAGAUGAAAAGGAGCCGCCAUCAUCAUCAUGGCUUGAUUCUCGAGGCGCCUCCUCUGUAUCUACCGAUGAGAAAGAGGAGCCGUUUGGAUACAGCAUGUACAGCCGAUUCCCUUCGGUGGCUGAUAGACCCGAGGCGUCGUCAACGUCUUUAUCCUCACAAAAAGAUUCUGACACCACGAAACCCCAGACGAGCUCUUCACCUACAGACAAACCUGCUGCCACAGGCUUAAGCGACAAAGGCGCCUGUCUGGAGGUUGAUAUGCGAAAACUAACAGCAAAGGAUGAGGAGGAUUAUGAUGAUGAUGAAGUAGUUGAUGAAGAUGAGGAUGAGGAAGAGGAAGAAGAAGACUUCAAUGAAGAUGCUGUUGAUUCGGAUGUGGAGAAAGGCGCCAAAGAAAAAUCAGAGAAGGAAGUAAAGAGUCCGGUCAGUGAAAUGCUGGGCUCAGACAGACCUGAGUUCAUGGUUUCUAUGGCUGGGUACGGUUUUAACAGCCAAGGGAAGUCAAGCGUGACAGACAGCUUACUCACAAAAGGGGAAGAUGAAGCUCGGGUUGGUUCCUCUGCUCAUGGGGGAAAACCAACCGACUUAGAGGCCACAGGCUUCUCUGGCUGUUCCUCAGUGUUUGGACCCUCAUAUGGAAGUGGAGAGAAAGACCAGUUUUUACCAAGUCCAACCAAAGACAAGGCUAAAGAGGAUUUCAUUUUGAAAUCAACAGAGGACAGUUAUUACCAGAAUGACAGAGCGGAUCCUGACUUUGAGAAACAGAAGACACCAGAUCUUUUGAGUAAGAGAUCACUGGACACCAGCUUUCAGUACACAACGACUGCUGCCCCCGGAUACUCAUCCUCCUCGGCCUACAGCUACUCGUCCUCCACCUCCGGCUCCCUCUCCACCAGCCGACAGUUCGGGGACGAGUUGGAGACGCCUGCCUCUGCUGAGCCCCUGUUUGAAUACUCCUCCUUCAAAGAAGAACAGUCGCUGCCCAUAGAUUCUCCCUUCUCUGGCUACCCUGGGACCAAAGACGACUACCUGGAAGUGUCUGAAAAACAAAUCACUGCCACAGCUAAAGCCCCAGAGUCAACAUCUAACUUGCCCCGGUUCUCUCCCCUCAGUCCAUUUGAGGAAGUUGAGUCUUUCAUCCCACCGUCAUCCUCUACAUUUGCUGAAGACAAGAACGAGCAUAAGAUGCCUUUUGGUGGCUUCACAGACAAAGGCCCCCAGUCUGACUGCUUCUAUAAGCCUGAGUGGUCUGAAGGGUCCAAGCCAGACACAUCUGUUGGAUUCGGUGCCACAGCUGGACUGUUUUCCCAAACUGCAGAGCUUUCAAAGCACAAUGAGGCAGCAAGCGCCGCUUUAUUUGGUGUCACAUCGUCACCACGACCAGACGUAGAAGGUAAACACUACUUUGAAGAGACUGACAGCAGUGAAGAGGAGGAUGAGGAGACUUACAUGCGUGAGAUAACCCGUCGGCCCCCCUCCAGCAGCCUGGGUGGUAUCCUGUCGUUUUCGGACAAGCCUAUCGCCCCUGCUGCUAGUGAGAAGGCAGGUGGUAUCCUGCCUGAUGUUCUUGGCUCUUACAUGCCUCCAACUCUCCAGGGCAACAAGCCAGACACAGCCAAAGAUCCUACAGGGAUGAGCACUAGCUCUAUGGUCCCUGCUGGUGCAACAGCCAGUGGUGUCGCUUCAGGCCAAACUAAGGUGGAACCCAAAGAGGGUUACAGGAGCUCCUACGAGUGGGAGAUGCCGAAGCCCCAGAUGGGGAUGGUGCCCGGAGACUCCCCCCCCCAUUACCGCCAUGAUGAUGAAUUUGAGGAGGAGUGUGAGGUGGAGCCAGAGCAUCCUGCUCGCCCCCUCUCACUCUCUUCAACUGACCAGCCCUUCCGCUCACCUUUCUACGCUGAGGAGUGUAGCCGGGCAGAGCAGGAUGAUGACGAGGACAGUGAUCAGGAUCUUGCUGGUGAAGCCUCUAUGGGAGCUACAUCCUCUUACACCAACCGCACCUCUCCUGGAUAUUCCUCCUCGGAGUAUAGGCAGCGCAAAGAGGACCUCUCACCAUCCUUCAUCAACCCCUCUAUGCGGCAUUUUUCAAGCGAUGAGGAUGAUGAGGAGCACGGACGCCGAAGUGACGAAUCGCAGGAAGGCGAUGACCAGGAUUUGUCGGUCAAGAGAAGGGCUAACAAACAACCCCAUCAUCAGCAGUUCCAUAGCAGGGACAGCAGCUCUCUGCAUCAGGAUGGCGGCAUGUCAGCAGGCCUGGGCCUGGCCACAGAGGACACCCCCCCUACCUCCGUCAGCGAGUCGCUAGCAUCUCAGUCAGACUCUGACGUGCCUCCAGGCACUGAGGAAUACCCAUCCGUUACAGGAGAAGGCAACGUGGACUCAGAUGAGGAUACAGACUUUAUGCCUGUUGAUAAACCAUCAGCCUCAGGAGGAGGCAGCCAUCAGGCCUCUCGAAGGAGUCAAGACCCUCCGCCUGCUCCCCUCAUGGACCCUUGCCCUCAGCCGCCAUGCCCAGAUGUUUGUAUGGUGGAUCCAGAUUCUUUGGACCAUGGUUCAAUUAAGAAGGAGUCCAAAACAAAGGGCUUAAAAAAGACGUCUGGGAAAACCAAAUCAGCGUCGCCAGCUCGGCGCAAGAGGUCUCCUAUGCCUGUGAAGCAGACGCCGUCUCCUCGCAGUGCCUUGCUCAAGAAGAAGGAGACGGACAAGAGCUCACGCAUGUCUCGUCUGUCGGAUGGACAAGGCUCCAAAGACGAUGACCUCUCCAGGUCCAGCUACAACCCCAGCAAGGGGCUAACGAAUGGCGUCAAGAGCAGUUCAGGUUCUCAGAAGUCUGGCUCUGCUGCUUCUGGGUCUCCAGUGUAUGUGGACUUGGCCUACAUUCCUAAUCAUUGCAGUGCCAAGAACGUGGACCAAGAGUUCUUCAAACGCGUUCGCUCCACUUAUUAUGUGGUCAGCGGGAACGACGCGGCCGGCGGCGAACCCGGCCGGGCCGUGCUCGACGCGCUGCUGGACGGCAAAGCUCAGUGGGGGGCGAACCUACAGGUGACACUGAUCCCCACUCACGACACAGAGGUGACCCGUGAGUGGUACCAGCAGACACACGAGAGGCAGCAAGAGUUGAACAUCAUGGUCCUGGCCUCCAGCAGCACCGUCGUCAUGCAGGACGAGUCAUUCCCCGCCUGCAAGAUCGAGUUCUGAGUUUCAGUUUCUCCGCACUCCAGCGUAGAUCUGGUUUUAAUUCCACUAUACAACCAUGGCUUUUUAUUUCUUUCUGGAUUUGUUUUUCCCCGGUUGAUGAUGGGAGAUUUUGUCUGAGAUUUGUCUUCAUUUCUAAACUGGUUGGCACUUACCACUACACAAAACGUUUACUACUUACUCCUAUUGAUAAGCUCUGCGUUAGGAACAAAGUGUCUUUCUGUCCUUAACCCUGUUCCUUGUUUAGACAGUGGCUCUUUUGUUUUUCAAGACAGAUUGCCUGUUGUCCUUUUUAAAAGGGGAGAAACAAGUGGUUUAUGUAAAUUUAUGUCACAUGGGAAACACUUUGAAAUAUGAUCUAACAUCCUUUGUGGCUAAUUUUAACUUUCCGCCGUCAGUUUUUGUCCCCUUCAAAAGUAUCGACAGUCCCAGUGUUGAACCUUGUGCCUCCUAACAUAGAAUAUGUUCAGAUAGAUCUGCUGACAUUUCAAUGUGUCUUUUGAGUAUAUUUGACGUAGCAUAGGAAGGAUGAUAAAUCUGUAUUUAGUGAAAUAUGACAUUUUUACAGUUCUCACAAAGUGAAACUCAAUCGUUCUCAGUGGCUGUUCUUUCUUACAGUGGAUUUGAGGAGUCCUUUUAUCUCUACAACGCUUUCUGUAGUCCUUGAUGUAUUUUUCGGUGUUUUCCCAGUGAACAUGUCAUCACAGAGGAUCAGGAGGAGAGAGGCGCGCAGAGGCAGUGACGCUGCACUUUGGAUUCUUCCUGUUUAUAUCUUUACAAGCAGAAAGUCUCGAUAGAGGAAAGUAGACGAAACCUCACAUCAGCUGCUGCGUUCAGACAGAAGCUGUGUUAGGAAUGAAGAAUGUAUUCUGCUACAACAAUAAGAACAUGUGGUCGUGUUUGCCUGGUGAAGACUUGUGCUGGUUGGGUUGGACUGUCACCCACAUGUGCCUUUCUGUUCUGCUGUGCUGGAAGGAAACAAAGCGUGUGUUUGUGGAGGCGUCUGGAGGAUGUGCAGGACGUCCACGACUCUGUGGUCGAGGCUGUCGACGCACAGAAAGGUCGCAGUUGUACAUAAAAUAGCACUUUUAAAGCACCGAGUCAAUAUUUCCGCCGAUGCAUUUCAGAUUUCCUGCAACUGCCACUGAAAUAAGCACAAACAUUAACUUCUGUGCAAAACGUUGACAUUUGCACUGAAGCUGUGCUGAGAACACAACCUUCUAUCGUGUUUGGUUUCUUUUAAAUAGUUUUUCCAAGUUGCUUUUAGCCAUAAUCACAUAAUGUUAAUUUAUAUAGUUUAACUCUCUUCCAGUAAUGAUUCAGUGGAUGUUUUGUGGUAUUUUGGGUCAUAGUUUGUUAACUUAAUAUUACACAUAGACAUUUUAAAUUUGAUAUUGAUGAUUAUAUAUUUUGAUAGGUUUCCAGUAAUUUAAUAGAUUUAACCAGGAACAAAACCAACUAACACAAAAGGACCAACAGGCCUCACCAGGGUUUCUACUCUAUGAUCCACCACAACAACCUGUAGAAUAGUUUAUAUUCAUUCUUCUAAUGAUGCAUGUACAACAGAUGCAUGUACACGAGAUAGAUGGCGCUUAAAAAAAUAAGGAGCAGAGCCCAAACCUCAGCGGCUGGAAUGUGAAGAAGCAGAUUACCUUUACGACCUCCUGGUUGCCUUCAUAUUGUCACGUUGGCAGCAUCAACCUCACAGCUCUGUGAGUUUCUCUCUGUAGGUUACAGGACAGUUUGUCUGCAGGUUCAGCCAUUGUCUGGAGCGGUGUUGGUUAGUUGGGCCAGACUCAGCAGCUGAGAGCAGGUUAACGCGACGUCAGAAUUUUCCUGUGAAGCUGGUGUCAGUGACAGGGUGAUGGUACCAACACCACUCAUACUGUACACUCCACACCCAGACUGCCAGACACGAGCCACUCUCGUGUCGAUGCAUUUUAUCUCUCCUGCAUUUCGUCUUCUUACUCACCACAUACACAAAAGCAAAACAGCUGCAAAAACUAAGUUAAAGAAAUCUGUGGCUUUCAGACUCAUCUGCCGAGAAGCAAACCAUCAACUGUUGGUUUCCCGUGAGCCCUGCUUGUAUGUGCAUGUGUACCUUUUAGUUCUCCUGUAUUGUAAUAGCUGAAGAAACAUAGACAUGCUAUUUUAAAACAUGUAUAUUUAAGAAGCUACUGCGAGGAGGCACAUGUAUCCUGGCUGUGCUGUGCUGUAAAGAAAGCCUUGUGAACGUUUCUGUCCUCCUUUCAGCCUCACAUCUACUUUCAUCUCUUGUUUUAAGUGCAAUAUUCUCUUAAUAUCUCUCUAAAUGCUUAAAAAGUUCAAAUAUAAAGACAGAUUUAUUGUUAAAAAGGGAAACGUGUGUUAAAGAACAAUAAAAAUAUCAGUUAUUGAGAAAAAAAA